CGCGGCCCGGCCGCCGCUCGCCGAAGUCCCCGGCCGUGAGGGAGCGGGACCGGAGGGGUUUAGCGGGCAGGCGGCGGAAGCAGCCUACUAAAGCAGAUAUGCCUGUUUGACCAUCAAGGUGUGGAUCAUGGGACAACAACUGUUAAAUGACAGCAUCCUUGAUCAAUUUAUUAAUAGCCAUGAGCAGUCAUAUGAAGAGUUUCUAAAUACAUUCACUUAUCUUUUGAAAGAGGAAGAGGGGAAGACAAUUCAAGGAAGAGAAGUGGACUCCUUAAGAAAAAAAAAUUCUACUUCUGAAUUAUCAAACAGAAAGAAACAGGAUGGCUCACCUGGAAGAAGCAAAGAAAUGUGGGUGUCUCUUCCACCACAGAUGCCAAAUGAGAAUGAGACAGUGAUGAAUGAGAGCUGGAAAACUAGUGGCUCUGAUGGAAAUGAUCUCAGUCUUUCUGAAAGAGUGAAGGUGGACGAGUACUUGGAUUUGGAAGACAUAGACACAGAUGAAGAGACAUGCAGUGCAGGGUCAUUAGUUCUCCCAGGAGAGGUGGAAGAGACAGUGGCUUAUUGUACGCCCUUUUUUGAUAAGCCUAUUCAACCGAAGUUCAGAACUUUGUCAGUUCCACAGCCAUCGGACAGCAAAGCCCAAGAGCUACUAGGGGAUGAUGUUCAAGCAUUCUUACUUGAUGAAGAAUUUGAUUAUGACAAUGUGGCACUGACCCCUAAGUUCUCUGAAGCUGAGCUGAAGGCCAUUACAGAGUUGUCUGAAGAGAAGAAAACGGGGACAGGUGUCAAGUCAGCAUGAGCUGAAGACGGAGUCAAAGGCAUUCUGUGCAGUGCUGUUGAAAUAACAUUUUUAGGGGGUAAAUCUAGCUCUUCAUUGUACCCUUAUUUAGUGUUUUUUUAUCUAUGUGGCCAGUAAAUCAAUUCCUCAAGAUUUUUUUGUUUGUUCUACGAAGGUGCCUUCGAGCCUGAGGUUGCCUUUCCUUGUAUCUCCUCCUAGUCCUAAUGACGACAGAAUAGGAAGAUGGUGCUUGCCCAGAGUUGCUUGUAUAGUAGCCCUUCAUCCAGAGAGGAAGUAUUUCCAUCCUUUUUAUGUCUGUACACUGAUUUGCUUAGGCAUUCAGGUUGGCUAAGGAGGUCUGUAUUUGUCCCCAAACCCAGCGGGAUUUUUGGGUAGAUCAGUGACCUUUAGUAUUGUUAGGCCCCAGUGCUCCACUACUUUCUUGUUUUCCAGGUGGUACA